AUGGGGAACCAGCUGGCCGGCAUCGCCCCCUCGCAGAUCCUCUCGGUGGACAGCUACUUCUCGGACAUCCACGACUUCGAAUACGACAAGAGCCUGGGGAGCACCCGCUUCUUCAAGGUCGCCCGAGCCAAGCACCGGGAGGGGCUGGUGGUGGUGAAGGUGUUCGCCAUUCAGGAUCCCACCUUGCCCCUGACGAGCUACAAGCAGGAGCUGGAGGAGCUGAAGAUCAGGUUACACUCGGCGCAGAACUGCCUUCCCUUCCAGAAGGCGACCCUGUCCGAGAAGGCCGCCAUGCUCUUCAGGCAGUAUGUACGGGACAACCUUUAUGAUCGAAUCAGUACCAGGCCGUUCCUGAACAACAUUGAAAAGAGGUGGAUCGCGUUCCAGAUCCUGACUGCGGUGGACCAAGCGCACAAGUCUGGAGUCCGCCACGGGGACAUCAAAACGGAGAACAUCAUGGUGACCAGCUGGAACUGGGUUCUUCUAACUGACUUUGCCAGUUUUAAGCCAACUUACCUUCCUGAAGACAAUCCUGCUGACUUCAAUUAUUUCUUUGACACAUCGCGGAGGAGAACAUGCUACAUUGCUCCCGAGCGCUUUGUUGAUGGCAGUAUGUUUGCUACGGAGUUGGAAAACAUGCGGGACCCUUCCACUCCUUUGGUAGACCUGGCAAACAGCAAUCAGCGAACGAGAGGGGAGUUAAAACGUGCCAUGGAUAUCUUUUCUGCAGGGUGUGUAAUAGCAGAGCUCUUCACAGAAGGUGUACCCUUGUUUGAUUUGUCUCAGCUUUUGGCUUAUAGAAAUGGCCUCUUCUCCCCUGAUCAAGUCCUAAACAAAAUUGAAGACAGCAGUAUCAGAGAGCUGGUCACUCAGAUGGUCCAUCGCGAGCCAGAUAAACGUUUAGCAGCUGAAGAUUAUUUGAAACAGCAACGUAACAAUGCAUUUCCUGAAAUAUUUUACACUUUCCUUCAGCCUUACAUGGCCCAGUUUGCCAAGGAAACGUUUGUAUCGGCAGAUGAGCGUAUAUUGGUCAUACGUAAAGAUCUGGACAACAUCAUUCACAAUCUCUGUGGGCAUGAUCGCACAGAGAAAGCCGAGGGAGAGACAAAAGAGAAUGGGCUGGUUAUUCUAGUGUCUGUGAUAACUUCCUGUUUACAGACUCUCAAAUACUGUGAUUCAAAACUGGCUGCUUUGGAACUGAUUCUUCAUUUAGCACCGAGAUUAAGUGUAGAGAUUCUUCUGGAUCGUAUUACUCCUUAUCUGUUACAUUUCAGCAACGACUCUGUGCCCAGGGUGAGGGCAGAAUCUGUGAGGACACUAACUAAAGUUCUUGCUCUCGUCAAAGAGGUGCCACGCAAUGAUAUUAACAUUUACCCAGAAUACAUUCUUCCAGGCAUUGCACACUUGGCCCAGGAUGAAGCCACCAUCGUCAGACUUGCAUAUGCUGAAAACAUAGCGUUGUUGGCAGAAACGGCUCUGAGAUUUUUGGAAUUAGUACAGCUGAAAAAUCUGAAUAUGGAAAAUGAACCAAAUGGUGAAGAAAUGGAUGAGACAUCUCACCCUAGUGAUAACUAUGACACAGAGUUGCAAGCCUUGCAUGAAAUGGUCCAGCAGAAAGUUGUGACUUUGCUAAGUGACCCGGAGAAUAUUGUGAAACAAACACUGAUGGAAAAUGGGAUAACACGUCUCUGUGUCUUUUUUGGACGUCAAAAAGCCAAUGAUGUUCUUCUGUCUCAUAUGAUCACUUUCUUAAAUGAUAAGAAUGACUGGCAUCUUCGAGGAGCUUUCUUUGACAGCAUUGUUGGUGUUGCUGCUUACGUUGGCUGGCAAAGCUCAUCAAUACUGAAACCUCUGCUUCAGCAAGGUCUCAGUGAUGCAGAAGAAUUUGUCAUUUACAAAGCCCUCAAUGCUCUUACUUGUAUGUGCCAAUUGGGGCUCUUGCAAAAGCCUCAUAUUUAUGAGUUUGCUUGUGAUAUUGCACCUUUCCUGUGUCAUCCUAAUCUUUGGAUACGGUACGGUGCAGUCGGAUUUAUCACUGUGGUAGCACAGUAUUUGAAUAUUGCUGAUGUCUACUGCAAACUAAUGCCAUACCUCCAUCCUUUUAUCACACAACCAAUAAUACAGAUAGAUAAAGAAAUAGUCCUGCUAAGUGUACUUAAAGAGCCUGUCAGCCGUUCCAUAUUUGAUUAUGUCUUAAGAUCAAAGGAUAUCACGAGCCUCUUCCGACACCUUCAUAUGCGUCAGAAGAGGAGGAUGGGUGCUCUCUCCGACUGCCCACCCCCAGAGGACCCUGCCAUCGCACAGCUGUUGAAGAAGCUUCUUUCACAAGGGAUGACUGAGGAGGAAGAAGACAAACUGUUAGCACUGAAAGACUUUAUGUUAAAAUCAAAUAAAGCUAAAGCCAAUAUAGUGGAUCAGAGCCACCUGCAUGACAGCAGUCAGAAAGGGGUGAUUGACUUGUCAGCUCUGGGAAUAACUGGGAGACAAGUGGAUCUUGUUAAAGCAAAGCAGGACCCUGAUGACAAACGUGCUAGAAAACACGUAAAGCAAGAUUCAAAUGUAAAUGAAGAAUGGAAAAGCAUGUUUGGGUCCCUGGAACCAACUAACAUCUCCCAGCCAAUACCCAAAGGACAUGGGCAAACUGCUGAUCCUGAAGCCAUCCAGGCUGGGAAACCUCUUCGUUCAGAGUCCUCAGCUGGCAUUUGUGCCACUUUGUCAUCCUCCCCACAGGCAUCUGAUGGAACUGUUGUUCAACCCAGGAAACCGACCUUGCAGGUACUGAGCAGUACAGCAUCCCCAUCUGCACACCAGUUACGCAUCACCACUUGCAAAACUGAACUUCAGCAGCUGAUCCAGCAAACAACAUCAUCUCAAAAAAAAAAUGCAAAAUAUGAGAAAAAGGGGAAACCCGCAGGAUGGCGUCCCAAGGGAUUGUUGGUAGCUCACCUUCAUGAACACAAGUCUGCGGUGAACCGCAUUCAGGUCUCUGAUGAACACUCCAUUUUUGCAACUUGCUCAAACGAUGGCACAGUGAAAAUUUGGAACAGCCAAAAAAUGGAAGGAAAAACCACUACGACCAGAUCAAUUUUGACAUACUCUCGGAUUGGAGGGCAUGUAAAGACACUUACAUUCUGCCAAGGCUCGCAUUACUUGGCUAUAGCUUCGGAUAAUGGUGCCAUCCAGCUCCUUCGUAUUGAAGCUUCAAAGCUCCCUAAAUCUCCUAAAAUUAAUCCAAUACAAAGCAGGUCCUUAGAUUUGAAGGAUGAUGGCUGUGUGGUGGAUAUGCAUCACUUCAAUUCAGGAGCCCAGUCAGUACUGGCUUAUGGUACAGUUAAUGGAUCUCUGGUUGGAUGGGAUUUGCGAUCUAGCAGCAACGCUUGGACGCUGAAACAUGAUUUGAAGUUAGGCCUCAUAACUUCGUUUGCUGUGGACAUACACCAAUGCUGGCUGUGUAUUGGAACAAGCAAUGGUACCAUGGCAUGCUGGGAUAUGAGGUUUCAGUUACCAAUCUCCAGCCAUUCUCAUCCUUCCAAGGCCCGAAUCAGACGCCUGCUCAUGCAUCCUGUCUAUCAGUCCUGGGUAAUUGCAGCUGUUCAAGGCAAUAAUGAAGUCUCCAUGUGGGAUAUGGAAACUGGCGAUCGACGCUUCACUUUGUGGGCCAGCAGCGCACCUCCUCUUUCAGAACUGCAGCCUUCUCCUCACAGCAUCCAUGGAAUAUACUGUAGUCCAGCAUCUGGUAAUCCCAUAUUGCUGACAGCAGGCUCGGACAUGAAAAUAAGGUUUUGGGAUCUAGCCUACCCUGAGAGAUCGUAUGUUGUUGCUGGAAGUUCUAAUUGCCCAUCUGUUUCCUACUACAGGAAGAUAAUUGAGGGCACGGAGGUGGUUCAGGAAAUUCAAAACAAGCAAAAACUGGGUCCCACUGAUGAGACGCCUCGGAAGGGUCCAGAGUCUCUCCCCGUCGGACAUCAUGAUAUUAUCACAGAUAUCGCAACUUUCCAGACCACACAAGGGUUUAUAGUAACUGCAUCAAGGGAUGGAAUCGUUAAAGUGUGGAAAUAGAAGUUGUACUUAUAUAUAGUAUGUAAAUAUUUGUAAUAAAUAAAUAGUGUUAUAAUGAAGUUUUCAAGGACUAUUUCCAGAUUAUGGAAUAGAAUGGACUUUAAAGACUAUAAAGGUGAUGAUAAAAUCGGUUAUCUGUAUCCUACCACCCUGUUAGCACUUCUUAUUCACUUCUUUUAUUAAAGAUGUUUGAUAUCUAUAGCAUUUCCUUGAAAUACCGGGCAGUCUAUGAAGAAAUAGUCUAGCCUUGUUUUGACUGCAUUGUUCUUCAAGGGCAUUUCAGAAUAUUAUUUAAAGACGUCCCACAACACACAUUCUAAAUAUGCAAAAAGCAAAGAGCUGCUACAAGUACUACAGCAUCUGACUGCUCCCGCGUUGAAUUUGAGAAAUUGAGAACCAGUGCACUAAUGUCCCUGUACAUGCUAAUAACCAUAAUAAAGUCCACUUGAGCUUCCCU